CUAAAAUGUAGUCAUCACUCAAUCGACAACAGAAUAUGUAUCGCAAAACCAACAUAGCAAUACAGUACACCAUUUAUAUGAUUGUUACGCCUAGUACAUAUUUGAUCACAGAGCACGAUGAAGGAACACAGCAGACAUACCUAAUUAUUGAAAAAAAAACAGUUCACACAAUUACAGUGCAUGCAGUACACACGUAUAGCCUAGCAUUGUAUUUAAUUUACAGUAAGGAUGUAAGACAUAAUGGUUUCCACUAUAAGAAGACAAUUUGUACAGUACCAACCGCGUCACAACCGAGGAGGUGUCUGACAACCUUAACACGAUCUGAAUGUUAAAGCAAUGAGUCUGGGUUUCUUUAAAGCGAAUGACAGAGCUAGCGGAGCGUACUACUGGCAAAUCAUUCGGAAGUGAAACAAGACGCCAAUAGAAGUCUCUGGCAACAAAGACAGUGAGCACACUGCACCGCAACAACAGAUAUUCCAACACACUAGGAUUUUAAAAAGGAUUGUAUUUCUUCUCAGCUGUGAAUCAAAGGGAGAGGUGACAUGUUUAGAAGCGCUUUGUCGCUGCUGCUGUUUCCUAUAACAGCGGAGCUUCUUGGACUUUCUUACGAAGGUUCUGGGAGCAGCUACAAUGAAGUCCAGUCUGAGGUGUCCUACAGCACUCCCCAGCUAGAUUACAGAACUCCCCGCUGGUGCUACACUCUGUCGCUUUUGAAUGGGGAGGCUAUCUGCUUCUCUCCUCGAGGUGGUAAUUACAGGAGCACCAUGGGGACGCGCUGUGAACUAUCAUGUGACCGCGGGUACCGCCUCAUUGGUCAAAGGUUCGUCCAGUGCCUGCCCAACCGCCGCUGGUCUGGAACCGGCUACUGUCGACAGAUCAGGUGCCACGUGCUGCCUGCCGUGACCUAUGGCUCCUACUCCUGCAGCAUGAGCGUGGCGGUGGACUCGCGCUGCGAUUACUCGUGUGCCCCCGGGUACCAGCUGGAGGGAGACCGCAGCAGGAUCUGCCUGGAGGAGGCACGCUGGAGCGGCACUGAGCCCAGCUGUGUAGAUAACGAGCCUCCGAAGAUCAAGUGCCCUCAGUCCCGGGUGAAGGUGGCAGAGCCAGACAGACUGGCAGCCAGAGUGUACUGGGACCCUCCCAUCAUCAAGGACAGCGCAGACCCCACGCUGACGGAUGUGACUCUGAAGGGGCCGGGGCCAGGCUCCAUCUUCCCAGAGGGGGAGCACGUUAUCCGCUACCUGGUGUACGAUCAGGCGAGGAACAAAGCAGCCUGCAAGUUCAUUGUGCGAGUGGAAGUGCGAAGAUGCCCUGCUCUGAAGCCUCCACUCCACGGAUACAUCACUUGCUCCUCGGGGGGCAAUAACUACGGCGCUGUCUGUGAGUACUCAUGCGAUGGGGGCUACGAGCGAAGGGGGGUCCCGUCCAGGGUGUGCCAGUUCAACCGGAACUGGGCUGGAGCCGCUCCUGUGUGUGUCAUGAUUCAGAUCAACACUGACGUGAGGAGUGCUGCAGCACUCCUGGAUCAGUUUUACGAGAAGAGAAGGAUACUCAUCGUCUCCACGCCCGACAUUUCCAAUCAGUACUAUAAACUCCAGAACAUCAUGGUACAGAGAGCGGGCUGCGGGCUAGACCUGCGGCAGGUGACGGUGAUUGAGCUGCUGGGUCUCCCGCCCCGAGAGGUGGGCCGGAUCAAGGAGAAUCGCCUCUCCUCCGAGGUCAUCGAGGAGCUCAGGCAGGCGAUGAGGAUCUCUCAAGCCUACUUCACCAUGGUCCUGGUGGACAAGCAGGGCAUGGACCGCGAACGCUACAUCGACCCCGUCACCUCGGACGAGCUCUUCUCCUACAUCGACACCUACAUGCUGAGCACCGAGGAGAGGGAGCGCAUGGAGAACAACCGGGACCACUGCGACUGACGGGACGAGACCGAGAUCACAGGAGCACAGAGCUCUCUGGGGAGCUCCACCGGACUAGAAGAGCGUUUCAGUGCAGGACUCGCUUUUCACCUAACGGGUGACGAACUUCAGAACUGGAAACACCCUCUCUUACCUUUUUACAUCUCCACAAGCGACAGACUGUUACCCGCACUAGUAGUUUUUCCUACAUGUUACUAAAGUGUAACCACAGACUUAAAAACAGCAGAAUAUCUACGAUUAAUACAGGUACUAAACCUCAUAAGCCCCAGACUCUCGGACACACCAUAUUUUUUUUAAAACCUAAUUGGGAUAAUUGACCGGCUGUAUGUUUGUUUAGGUUGUAAGGUUUAUAAAAAAGUAGUUUCAAAUGGAUUUGUAUGUGAUUGCAUUCGGGAGCCUGUACGUUUUGUUUUUAUAAUAAUGAUAAAACUACAUGCCAGGAUAAUCUCUGGGUGACCUGUUGUACACUAGUCUUUUAAACUUUAAAAUAAACAUCUAAGCCUCGAUAUAUUCUUGUGGCUGGCAAACACUGCAUAGCACAUGACAAUAAACACAAUUACAAAAUGUAAUUAUGUAGCAGGACAGCCAUGCUGCCGGUGUAACAAAAGGAAAGGGCUGUGUGAAGCUCUUAUUAUGUUCAUUGGUGGAGUUUGCUUUACGCUCUGAAUUACCAUCAGAAUGAACAAAGACUGUGUAAACCCUUCGUUUAUGAAUCCUUUCAAUAACCAAUAUAACAGUAUGUGUUUAUCCUGGAUGAUAUAAAGACUAUUUAAAUACGUUUUAGAAGAACAGGCAUUUUAAGAAAUGUUCUAAUUACUGAACACUAAGCUUUGCACUAGUAAAGUGUCAAUAAAAAAGCUAUUGUAAUGAACUGUUAUUCAUAGUUGAGAAAUAGGUCCUUAUAAAAAGUGAUUAACAUGACCUGCCUCCACUAGUUCCACUUGAAGCCCUACGAGAAACACAGAGACAACAGAGCCCAGCUUUAAUAACAUUGGGAUAUAUUUAUAUAUAUUUCAUACAUUUUGAUUAUAUUAAAAAUAGAAAAGUACCCUUUUUUAAAAUCCAAUUCCCAUAUUCCUUUCUGAGCUACACUAGAUGCAGUACAGUGCUUUUGUCAUUGUGUAGAUGUGUAAAGAAAAAGCAAAUGUAUUGACCCAUAUAUAGACACGAAGGAAUAAGUCAUAUACAAUCCUAUCAACAUACCUUCUUUGUACUAUACUGAUUAGCAUCAUCCGCCCAGAAUAUUGUGACAUUGAUUAACACCUAGAAAAUGUGUUUAAUUAAAACUAAACCCCAUCCCUCUAAUACGUGGAAGAGUUCUGUGGUGAUAGACAAAGACAGAACCCAACAUCUAUGUGCUUCUCAAAGAAUAUCAGUGGAAUGAUAUUACUAAAAUAUACCUUUGUUGUUUGACAGUGCAUUUUACGUAAUAUACAACUUCCUUGCUAUACGUUUAGUGAUAACAAAUAAAUUAAAAUAAGGAGUGUUCCCUUUCUUUAA